GCAGCAUCUCGAGCGCGCGUAACCAGAAACCCGAACCGACCGACCGACCGAACCGACCGAGCGUUCGUUCUGGAACGCGAACCCGCGCUACCCAAAACGUGCCCGCUCGGGAAACAGAAACCGCGCGAACAGAACCCGACGGUCGGGGUUGUUUUCCACUGGCUGUCGAAUCGGUCGGACGUGGUUACGGUUUGUUGGCAGCGUGCGCUCUGUUCCCAGUAAAAAAAUAACACAGAAACUCCGUGGCUGGUGGUGCACAAAACAUUAAAUUCAACACAUCGGUUGGAGCAAAGUGUUUGUCGGAAGAUUUGCAAACGGUUGAAGGAUUUUUAGCAACAAAAACUAAAAAAACCCUAAAAAAGUGUUAAGUGGUAAAAGAAGGAGGAAAAAAAAGUGAUCGUGCAGUGAUCGAUUUAUUAGAGCCGCAGACAGGCAGUUACGCUGUAGACACAUGCACACACACAUGCAUCCACGAUCGUGCAAAAGGGUCGUCCGAAGUUUUAUGAUGUGGCAUAAUUUGAAGUAAAGCGUUUUGGUGUUUGUGAGCGAGUUUGUGAGUGUGUCUCGAUCGGUGUAAAGUGAUCGUUUUAAUGCUGCUGUGAAGGAGGAAAAAAAGGGAUAUCUUAUCGUAUGCGAGGUGAAUGUGUGUGCAUGUGUGUGUGUUAGUGCCGGGUAAAGGCAGAUUGUUUAAGAAUUGGAAAGAUAAAGCAACAGAAAACGACAUCAUUAAAAACCGUGCCGAGAAGAUAAUAUUUAUAGUGAGUGUGGAUUUGUGUGUGUGUGUCCGCUGGCCGUUCUGUGUGCCUGGCUGAGUUGUUCAAGGGUGAAAAAAGGAGCAUAAGCAGCACACUGACUGCUUGAUCGAGCCACAAACAGUGUGUGUGUAUGUACGGUGAAAAGGUGAAGAUCAAACCUAGCAGAAGCCCUGACGCCUGAACCAACAACCUUCAACAGGCGCGUAGCCCGUACAACCGCAGCACUACAUACAGCACAGGCUAUUGGAGCCAUCCAGUUUACCCAUCCCCGUUGUGAGGUCCGGCCAUUCUUCCGGCGACUCCGGCAACGAUGAGUGGUGGGGACUAGAGAAGCGCCAAUCGCCGCAUAAUCCACACCGACCAAACCCAUCUAGAACCCCCCGAUUGACGACACAAUUGGACGAAAGCUACUGCCGCCACACUACCGCCACAACCAUGGUUCAGCCGGGCUUUCGGCUGCCGCACCCGUCCACGUGCCGGCUGGUGGCCGACCGUGGUGGUCUAACGAAGCGCAUCCUGCAGCUACUGCUACUGCUGCUGCUGUACUGUAGCGGGUUCGCCGAUGGUAGCUGGUGGCGCAUCGCUGACCUGUCACUCGAUCCGGCCCACUUCCAUCGGGACAAUCGGAGCUACGAGCUGUGCGGUGAUACCGCCUUCUUCACCGAACAUCAGCGCGACACGUGCUACAGCAAUCCGGAACUGUUGAAGGUGAUUGUACAUGCAGCCAAUACUGCCAAAUAUGAGUGUCAAUCGUACUUUCAGAACAACCGCUGGAACUGCUCGGCGAAGCGCGGUUCCGGUAUUUACUAUGGAAAUUUCGACGAUAAAGGCAACCGCGAAACGGCGUACCUAAGCGCCAUCAACUCAGCCUCGCUCGCCUGGACGAUCACGCGCUUCUGCACCAAGGGCGAACUGACGACCUGCCAGUGCGAUCGCAUCCCGCGCAACAAGCACAGCACCAAAUGGACCUGGGGCGGCUGCUCGGAAGACAUCAAGUACGGCAUCAAGCAGGCCCGCUCGUUCACCGAUCCGCAGGAGAACCGUACCACGAGCUUUGGGCUGAUGAACCUGCACAACAACGAAGCGGCACGACGAAUAUUACGCUCAAGGAUGGAGAAGGUGUGCAAGUGUCACGGUAUGUCUGGCUCCUGUACGACACGCGUCUGCUGGCGACGACUGCCCCCCAUGAAGUUGAUCGCCGACACGCUCGGUUCGUUGUUUGAUGCCGCUGCACAAGUGAAGCCAGUGGAAAACAAAGGCAUCAUCCGGAAGCUGAUGCGCAAGGAUCUUGAGUACAAGAAGGUGAACAAGUCCGAUCUGGUGUACAUUGCAGAGUCACCCAACUACUGCGAGGAAAAUGAAAGCUUGGGCAUCUUUAGCACACGCGGCCGAUUCUGCAACCGAACGUCGUACGGUAUCGAGGGCUGCCGGCUCCUUUGCUGUGGCCGGGGCUACCAAACCCGCAUCCGCAAUGUGGAGGAAAAGUGCAACUGCAAGUUCGUUUGGUGCUGCUCGGUCAAGUGCGAUACGUGCAGCAUGCGCAAGGACGAACACAUCUGCAACUAAAGCCAAGCGAAGGAGCCAAGGGGAAGGUGCCAAACUGGUUCUUCAAGGAUGGAAGGAUCAACCAAAAAAAAACCAAAAGCACCAAAACGAACAGUCCGUGCGGGUGGGAAAAGCCUACUAUGAUUGGUCGUACACCAUCGUGUUGUGCUGAAAACCACGAAGAGAGCCACGAAGAGUGCGGCACGAACGGACUACGAAGUGGAGAAGUCGCGAAUAACCAUAAUACGAAACUGUGUGACUAUUUAUUCAAAACAACGAGGCAUUUGCAUCAUCAAGCCAUCAUUCAUCCACAUCGUUCUCAUCAUCAUCAUGAUCAUCAUCAGCGUACUACUCUCAUUGUCCGAUUUAGCAAUCACUUCACCAAACUCGAAGAACAAUCAAUUAAAUCGUUCUUCAACGUCCCGAAAGCAACUUUCUUGCAAAUUUGUAAACACACAUUGAUGGUGAUUAAAAUGUCUGCGCUAACCGACGGCAAGGAAUGCUAGCAUUAUAACGAAUUAGUGUUACUACACCCGGCAAAACAGAACAACAAAAAAAGCAGGAGGCUGAGUUUGCGCCAUUUCCCCAUCAAUCAACCAUAACGAGGCGCGGUUGCUAGUACGAUUUCUAUUUUUUUGUUUUUAUUCCCCCGUCCAAAAGGGGUACGAUGUUUCAUUGUGCACCAACAUGCACCAUGGGCAACAUGGGGAAGGCAUUUUUCAAUUUCUGUGAUUUGAUUUUAGAGAGCUUUUUAUUUUAUUUAGCAAUAAAUCUUAGAGCAAACGCGCGCCGCCAACACACACUCCACCCAGGAGGUGUGUUUAAUGUAUUUUUAGUUUUUAACGUUUGAAAUAUUUAGCGUGUAAGACGAGUGUGCGAGAGAGAGAGAGUUUCCUGCUACGGAGGAACAGAGGGAUAAAGAGGGAGUAAGAGAGAAAGAAAGCAUUUCCUUUGCAUCUUGUGUUGCGAUUUUGCGAGUCAUUUCAACAAUACAUUUUCAUACUUUCCAAUAACACACAGUCCAAAGUGAGUUUCUCCAUACUUUCCUUUCUAAGUUUAUAUCAACACGUUUAUGCACUGUCCGAUUUAGUCACAUUCCCCUCCCCCACCCCCCCCCCCCCCGAUCCGAUUCACUUUCAUACCCCAUCCCCAAAACCAAUUGCCCCAGUACGAAGACAAGAAAAAGCGGUUCGAACGCGAAACUCCCGCGCCCAUUAUUAUUGAUAAUAGCGGUGUUUGGCUCCGUUUAUAAAGUAUUUUGUAAUGUAUUGUAAUACACGGCUAAAGAAAAAAUCCAACCAACCAGCGAAAGUAUAAACCAGAACACACAAAAAUCGAAAAUCGAAAAUAAAAACAAACAAACAAACCAAUCUCAGUAUGAAAAAUAAAGUAA